AUGAGCGAAUCCACUCAAGACUCGACGCCAGCUCUCUCGGUGGUGAUCCCAGCCUACAACGAAGAGCAUCGUCUUGGGCCCAGCCUCGAACGCAUCCUCUCGUAUCUCGAAAGUCUAGAGCAGCCCUUCGAAGUGCUGGUCGCCGACGACGGCAGUCGCGAUGGUACGUCUCGGGUUGCUGAUAGCUAUUCCAAACGCGGCGUCCAAGCCCUGCGUCACCAGCCCAACCGCGGCAAGGGAGCGGCCCUGAAGCUCGGAGUGGCGGCCAGCCGAGGUCAGCGAGUGCUGCUUUCGGACGCCGACCUGUCGACGCCGAUCGAGGAUCUCGAACGCCUUCAGGCAGCCUGCGGCGAGGCCGAACUGGUGUUUGGCAGCCGUGCCGUAGCCGGCGCCCGGCUGACCCAGCGGCAGCCGUUCUAUCGCGAGCUGAUGGGCAAGACCUUCAACAAGAUCGUCCAGCUGAGCGGUGUCCGGGGUAUUCGCGAUACCCAAUGCGGUUUCAAGCUGCUCGAUGGCAACGUAGCGCGAAAGCUCUUCGCCGAGUUGGUCACCCCCGGCUUCGCCUACGAUGUCGAACUGGUUUGGCUGGCCCGCCAACGCGGCUACCGGGUCUGCGAAGUCGGCGUCACUUGGGCCAACUCGCCGGAAACUCGAGUCCGACCGUGGCUCGACCCGCUCUUGAUGCUGGCCGAGAUCGCCCGAUUUCGCUGGCAUCACCGCGGUCUUCAGACCGCCGGCACCGGCGAGCUGACGACCGAAGAAUCCCGCAGCUAG